UUGUUUUGUUCAUCAUCACACAACGUUUUGUUGAUUCUGUUUUGGUUGGUUGGUUGAUUGUCAUUUCUAAAUUUAUCCACGAAAAAAAAAUCAUCAAUUUUGUGAAAGGAUUCAUUCCUGACAUACAUUUUUUUCAUUCGAAAAGAUUUCGCAAACAACUCACUGCUCUCAUAAUGGAUUUUUCAUCAUUAAAUCAUCUUAAGGUUGCUGAUCUUAAACAACAUCUUCGACAACGUGGUCUAUCUAUAACGGGAAAUAAAACCGAAUUGAUUCAACGUUUAGGACAGGCUUUGGUGAAUGAUUCAGGAUUGUUGGCUGCAUCGAAUUCGAUUCCUCAAACAACAACAACAAUUUUGCAACAACAACAAAUUCCAUUAAACGUAUCGAAAAUAUCGAAUAAUAAUGAAAUCGAUGAAGAUGCUAUAUUGGGUGAUGAUGAUGAUGUGGAUGAUGAUGUUGAUGAUGAAACAUCAAAUUCAGAAUUGAUUGAUGAUAAAAUUCCAAAUGAAGAUUUAUUACUUGGUGAUCAUAUUCAUACUACAUCAUCGACUAACAUAUCGGCUGAUACAUCAACAUCGAUUAACAACAGCGAAACUGAACAAAAAUCCAAAACAAUGAUCAAACAAACAUCAACAACAGCAAAAGAUUCUUCAAAUUUGGCUGAAUCAAAAUCAAUGACAACAACAACAACAACAUUGAUACCAUCAUUAAAACAAUUGGCAACAAAAAUAACAUCGAUACCAUUAACAUCGGAAGAACGUAAACGUUUACGGCAAUUAAAAUUUGCCGAUCCAAAAUUAGUGAAUCGUGUACAAAGAUUUGGUGCACAACAACAAUCAACAAUCAAGAAAUUAAUCGAACCAAGUGAAGAUGGAAAAUUAUUAAAACGUGUUGAACGUUUUGGUGAAAUUGUUUCGAACAAAGCAAAAACAUUGAAUGAACGUGAACGUAUAGAGCGACGAAAACAACGAUUCGGUGCUGGUGGUGCUAUUUCGACCGGAAAGGUUUCCGCUGUUGGAUCAUCAUUGCCCGCAUCAUCGGAAAAUAUUCGAAAACGACAGGAUCGUUUUGGUGUUGUUGAAAAACCUGUUUCGAAUCAAACAUUAUCAAAUCAGAAUAAUAAUUUUAAACGUCGUCGUUUUGCUUAUUAACAAAUCUUUAAUUACCCGCAACUUUGCUUCCUAUUCAUCAUCAUGUUUCUUCAUUUAGCUAAUCCUCAAGUCUCUAUCUUUC